UCAUGGUUGUCUCAGCAGUCCGAUCUUCAGGAUGUUUUUAAUUUUAUAGUUUCUUCGUGCAGUGAUCGCAAAUUCAAGCGGCCGCGGAAAUAAACCGAUGUUUUAACUUAUUUAACAGACAUAAAAUAUUUUCCUCUUCCUUCCUCUGGGGAAAUGUGCGUGUAAGUGGGUGGGUCGAGAGAGUUUAAACUUUAUGAUGAGUUAAAGUUUGAUCAUGGCCGUGUGGACCCGCGCGGAGAAACAGGGUCAUCUGGACCUGCUGUUGAGCGACCGCUGGGUCCGGGUCACCGCGGAGCUCACUCGGGACACUCUCACCCUGACGGCGGAGGGCGAGCCGAGCGGGCCAGCGGGCUACUCGGAGCACAACUCUCAUUUAAGAAAUGGCGUUUCUAAUGGCAACGAACUGAACCGAGAUGUUUUUCAGAGCCGCGGGCAACACGACAGUCCGGGUCGGGUCAACGGGUCCGACUCGGAGUCCAGCGGCUAUUGUGACCCGGCGGGGCCGGAGGGGGUUCGAAGGGUUCGGAUAGUCAAGCAGGAGUCCGGCGGACUGGGGAUCAGUAUUAAAGGGGGACGGGAGAACCGUAUGCCCAUCCUCAUUUCAAAGAUCUUCCCCGGUUUAGCUGCGGAUCAGAGUCGAGCCCUGCGGGUCGGCGACGCGAUCCUGUCCGUCAACGGCGGCGACCUCCGCGAUGCCACGCACGACGCGGCGGUGCAGGCGCUGAAGAAGGCCGGGAAGGAGGUGACGCUGGAGGUGAAGUACAUCAGGGAGGUAUCUCCGCUCUUUAAGAAGUCCUCUAUGAGCACCGAUCUGCCUUGGGAUGGGCGUCUUCAGUCCCCAAACCUCAGCAGCAGCGACGAGUCGCCCAAGAGCAGUGUAACCCGUGACAGAAAGGUCAUCCCGCUCAAAAUGAGCUUCAUCAGCCGAAACCUCACCAUGCCUGACCUGGAAAACAGGCUGCUGGAGCUUCACUCUCCGGACGGACAGCACACUGUGGUGCUGCGGUGUAAAGACGGGGCGUCCGCUCACUCCUGGUUCACAGCCAUUCACACAAAUAUUGCUGCUCUAUUGCCACAGAUGAUGGACCACAUCAACUCUUUCUUGUGCAACCCCAGCGCCAACACACACUGCACAGUCAAACACAUCGGCUGGCUGGCAGAGCAGCUGGACGGUGGGCGGCAUCAGUACAGACGAGUGGUCAUGGCGCUCACAGAGAAAGACCUCCUGCUGUUCCAGUCCGUGCCCUGGACACAUGAGAGCUGGUCCUCACCUCUCCUGACCCAUCCACUGCUCGCUACACGGCUGGUUCACUCGGGCAGCGUCCGCAGUCCUCCGGCUCUGGGUGGAGAUCUGAUGUUCGCCACACGAACAGGCACCGGCCGAGGCAUCGAGUCUCAUGUGUUUCGUGUGGAGACACACUGGGAUCUGUCCACGUGGACACGUGCGCUGGUGCAGGGGGGACACCUGGCUGCUGAGCUCAUCAAAGAGGUCUCCAUAGGCUGUGUGUUGAACAGACAGGACGUGCGUCUGAUCCUGCACUAUGACAGAGGGUUCACUGUGAAGCGGGAAUCUGCCGAAUCCGUGCUCUUCCACUUCCCCUACGAGCGGCUCAAGAUGUCUGCAGACGAUGGAGUCAGGAAUCUCUACCUGGACUUCGGUGCUCCAGAGGGAGAGAUGGUGUUUGAGCUCCACUCGGGCCCGAAGCCUGUGGUCUUUGUGCUUCACUCGUUUCUCUCAGCCAAACUGGCUCGUUUAGGACUGCUCACAUAGGAUCAACAGGAAAUGAUGGAGGUCAUUUAUUUCAGUGAUUUAUUGACAUCUAGUCUUUUACUCAAGCAGUGUUUUCAUAGCUCUACUUCUCUUCUAGCUAACACAUUAGUUCAGUGGUUGUGUGUGUGUGUGUGUGUGUGGGGCGUUCGAAGGCAGAAAACAAUCUCAUUUUCCUCUGAUCAGGAACACCAAUCGUGCCUUUUCAUCUAGAGCCAACAAGCUUUUACAGAACAUUUUCAGGCUUUGCAGAAUAACCAAAAUGAACAUUAUUCUUGUAUUAUCUGUUGUUUUUCAUACAUCUGAGCUGUAUUUAUGUUUCUAUGUGUUGCAUGGCAAAGACUGUUACAUCUGUGUGCUAUAAUCUGAAAGAAUAUGUGUCACUGAAUGUGGAAGACAGCCAUCCAUGCUAAUAUGGAGAAAAUGAAGCUUUAAAUACAUUCCCUCAUGACUGACCAAAAAUAACCUCCUUAAAGUUAACACGGUAAGGUGUUGAAUAGGAUCGGUUCAGUUUAAAUAAUAUAAAAAAAAAUCUCUUUAUAUAAAUGCUUCUUAAUCAGUAUUUGAUGAGUGUUUAGUUCUUGUUGCAGGCUUCCCACUGUCAUAAAAAAUGGGAAAUAUCAGGGAAUUUAACAUUCUGGGGUCCAGGCUUGGAAAUGUGAAGGAAAUUAAUGAAAACUUACUAUUAUUAAAUAAAUCACGAGGAAAAAGCCCUAUUUGUAUAGUCAGUAUGCAUUUUCUAGUUAUAUAUACAUUUAGCUUUGCUUUUUAUGAGUUCAGUCUUUAUAAAAUGUCUUUAAAAUAAUACUAAUCCAGUUAUUAGGCAAGACUGUAAAAGUCAUGGAAAUGUUUCGGUCAAAAUGUGUGGGGACCAUCAUGUUAUUAGCACUGAUAUGUGUUUUUCGUGGCGUGUAUGUUUUAUGUCUAUCAGUAUAAUAUCACUAUAGCAUCAGUAUAUAUUCUUUAUUAACAUUUUGAUAUUUUUAUGUAAGGCAUGUAAUGUAAACUGCACCUGAUUUAUAUUAACCCAUCACUUCAAUCUCAGACGCCGUAGUUUAAGAGUUUUAAGGGUCAUUCCCUCAUAAGUAAACUGCAUUAGGCAGCGUGCACAAUGGAGGAAGUAAGCUCUUGUAGGAAAAGAAUAUGAACAAUGUGACAAUAUAUGGAGGAAAUGACAUUUUGAAAGUGAGAUUGUGUGAACAGCAUUUAUUUAUAACCAUAGCUCAAGCAAGCUUAACCGAAGCAAUAUCUAUAUUUUAAUAUUUCUUAUUUUACCAUAAGGGUCAUACCACAGAUGAGAUGGUUAGGUCCAUUUAAAAAAGCGUAAAACACAAAUGUAUCUGCUCAAGGACCUCAUAUGCAACAUAUUUUAUGCUUUAAGUGCCCUUAAACUUUUAUAGUCUGUUUUUCAUUCUACUAUCAUAAAUAUUUUGAAAUCAGAGGCUCAAAAGAUUUCACUGAUGUGGGAAACUUGCUUAUUUCUUCUGAAGUGUAUAUUAAAAGAGAUGCGUGAUGCUUUUGGCUGAUUUUUCUUUGACUGAGGUUGUUGAGCAGUCUGAUCAGUCAUAGUUUUGUGUGACAUUACGUGCGGUCACAUAAUUUUAAUUUAUGUUAUGAGAUCAGACCACUAACUGAAGACCCUUUGCUUUGUCUUAACUAUGAAACUGUUAAACACUUGCCAGAUUUACAAAUGUGUAAGUGGGAUGUUUGAAGCCGAUUUUUGACCAAUGCUUCAGACUGUGAAUGUACUUUAUAAAACCAUAGAUACAUGCCUCGGUUUCAAUAUUUGUUCAGCAUUUUUAGGUAAUAGCUUGAUUUGUCUUUAUUUUGAAGAGCAAAGGUUGAACCAAAGUUCACUUGUGGCAGCUUGCAACACACAAAUGCAAAAAUGCUUAUUCGUUUGUAUAUCUAUUAUAACUUACAAAUGCCUGUAACCUGAAGCUAUGCAUUCUGUCUUUAUGUACAUGUCAUAUAAAAAUAAAAACAUGUAAAUGAAA